CUUUCAUAGGAACUCAUUUUUUUUGUCAAAGUGCAUUGCAACACCAGAAAAUGUAAAUAAUUAUCUGUUUUUUACGAAGUAAAUAAGUUUUGAAAGACAAUGCCCGAUUUAUUUGAUCUCGCAAAUUUGAUAAAGAACGUGGGUGUUGAUGCUGUCAAAAUAAAACAAGAGCCAGGACUACCCGAGAAAUCAUCCACUGAAAUUUUAACAGAAUUAUUCAGCACCUUCGAUGCCGAUGAUUUGAACAACUCACAGGAGAAUCAGGAUGAUGAUUCCAAUGCAGGUGACAAAUCAAAGAAGAGAAAAAAAAAGAGCAAGAAGAAGCACAAACACAAGGAGAAAAAACACAAGAAGAAAGAGAGGAGUGGGACUGACAGUGAGGCCGAUAAAGACGCAGGGGUAAAGAAGAAGAAAAAGCACCGAAAAAAAUUGAAACGUAGGAGAAAUUCAGGCUCGGCUGGCACGUCAGAUUCGGACGAACCGGCUCUCAAAAUAAAGAAAGAAUUCUCUCCGAAUGGAGCGAAGAGAAAUGAAGAUGAGACAGCACCUGAGACGAUGUUCGACCUGGUGCAGAAAAUGGUGAAAAAAGAUCCCGACGCAAAAGUGGCUGAGAAUGGCUGUGAUCCAAAAAAAAAUGCUGAGAGUCCGAAAUCACCGUCAGUAUCGAAGAACAUUGAAGAUAAUUUCGAUGACUCAGUGGCUCCUAGAUUACCUGAAAAAUCAGAUCAACCGGGGAAACCGAAAAUUCUGAUUAAAGACCUGAAGAACAGUGUUGUCUACAACGAAACAGUGAAAGAAGUGGAGAAUAUAGAGAAGGAAAAAGCAGCACGAGUGGAGGACGGUGAGAUAUCAGACAGUGACGAGGACAACAGAACGCCAACGCUGAGUCCAACCCCCCCUCCUGAUUCGUUUGAUCUGUCUGACAGUCCUUCGUCAAGUAGAAAGCAAUCGAGAUACCAAAGAGAAACUAGUCCUGGACCUUCGAUGAAAAAAGAUCUUCGAUAUAUUUUGAAGAAGAAAGAGAAGAUCAAGAAAUUGGAGAGUCGCAGGAGUUCUCGUAACGAAGAGGAUUCUCAAGAUAAAAAUAGAGAGUCACAUGGCAAGAGUUCAAGGAGCAGAGACAGUAAAAGAAGGAGCAAAGAUAGUCCUUCGAAGGACAGAAAAGAGUCUGAUUCAGCUAUUCACCAUGGCAAUAGACGAGAUCGCAGUCGAGGGAGGGAGAGUACGAGAACGAGGAGCACUGAGAGGAGGCACAGGGACAGGAGUGGCGAGAGACGAUCCACGAGGAGUAGAGACAGAAGCAGAUACAGCUCCGACAAUUUUGGCAGUAAUCGAAGCAGGAGUGUGGACAAACAUCGGGAUAGGUAUACGCGGGGACGAAGUAGGAGCAAAGAGAGAAAGGAGCGAAUUGAAAUUGACAAGAAGAAACUGCUGGAAAUAGCAAGGCGGAAUGCUAUAAAUAUGAUAAAACGAGGAACUCUACCUCUGGCCCAGCAGGACAAAGCUAUUGCUGCCAUUCAAGCUGGUGGAAAAACUGUCGAUGAAUUGAUAGAUUUUUGUAAAUCUCUUUCGAAGUCUGAAGCACUUGGGGAGCUCUCGAGUGUCUCCUCUGAUGAGGGUGGGAGUGAAUCGGAAAAAGGUUUUCAUCAUCCAUUCUUGUUGAAAGAGCGACCCAAUUCAAUUAUAAUGAACAUACGAGACUCCAAACAAAUACCCACAAAAACGUUCCAAGAGAGGACAGCAGAGUCAUCGAACCAACUGCGCCUUCAAUUUCCAGUGUCUAGCGGUCAGCAACAUCGCAGAAGUGAAAAUGAGUGGGUGGACGUCACUCCCACCCCACCACCCCCAUCAGUUAAAAAAUCAGAGCCAAAGAAGCUGUUCGUCCCAGCUACAACUCCAGCUGCUGAAGAACCAUUUGCAAUACUUCCAACUCGUCCAACUGCCCAUUCAAAAUCUGUUGAAACACCAACUCCUGAACCAACAGCUGCUCCUUUGAUAGGCCCAGUUGCUCCACCAGGUAUCCUGCCAGUGGCUCAGAAGACUGGAGUUUUUCCUCAGCUGCCUGUAGAAAAUGUCGACAUCGGAACGAUAGUUUCUCAACGGUUAGCGGCGAUGAGAAAACUCCGAGAGAAUCCAAAUGACGUAGAAGCCCUCAGUGAAAUGUAUCACGCACAAAGUGAGAUGAGAAAUUGGGCGGAGAGUAAGCAGAUGCCAGGUCAAUUCACUGGUAGCACUGGUGCUAGAGUACUAACUCCAGCUGAACUAACAUCAGGUUAUCAAGCAUGGGCACGUAAGGAUCAACUCACAUCGGCACAGCCGGUCUCUGGAGGAAUGGGAAUGGCGUUACUGCAAAAAAUGGGAUGGCGUCCUGGGGAGGGUUUGGGGAAGAAUAAGGAGGGGACCCUUGUGCCAUUGCAGCUGGAGGUCAAAUUGGAUAAGAGAGGACUGGUUUCCGAUCAGGAUAUUGGGCUGAAACCUGGCAAAAUGGCAAAACCCGUUGUACCUACGAUUAAAACUCUAGAAGGCAAACAUCCGGUAUCACUGCUCGGUGAAUUUUGCUCAAAACGAAAAUAUGGGGCUCCUGUCUACGAGCUAUGCUUCGAGUGUGGACCAGAUCACAAGAAGAAUUUCCUGUUCAAGGUGAUAGUGAAUGGAAUUGAGUACAAGCCGAGCGUAGCGAGCCCCAACAAGAAGCAGGCGAAGGCUGAGGCAGCGCAGAUCUGUCUACAGACCCUUGGUCUGCUAUCUGCAUGAUUUUUAUAAAAGCAUUUACAAGCAAUUGUAAAUUGUACAUUUUGUGUACCAUAGAUUUUCUGUCUCUAACCGUGUCUCUCGCCUCAAGAUAAU